AUGCACGGGGACCCAAUCACACCCGCAAACCCCGGACCACCAAGGGCGAAGGGAGCCACUAACCUUGCCCUAGACCAGGACGAAAGCUGGCAGAUUUUGACUUGUGCCUCCGAACGACUGGCUCAUUGCACGGACUUGGAUAGCCCGACGCGCCACCGUAUCCAGAAUUCCGGGUCUGGUCUGCCAGCGUGGGGACACUAA